AUGACGAACGCGCUGGUGGGCGAUGUCUAUGCCGAGAUCAUCAAGGAGGUGAUCAAGCAGUCGACGGAGGAGUUCGAGUCGAGUGGUGUUGGGCAAGCGACGCUCCAGGAGAUGCAAGCAGAAUGGCAGAGCAAGCUGUCUGGUCGCGGUGUUGCGCAGAUGCCAUGGGAGCCGAAGCCGCUGUUGCAGUCUCCAGCGCCUGCUGCCCCCCACCCGUCCAAUCCGACAAACCUGCCCCCGUCGUCCUACGCAAACUACGACACGCCGCCUAGUACUGCGGCGAAUGGUGGCCCGGUGAAGUCCGAAGCAGGACCUUCGCAUCAGUCGAAUGGCCUACCUAACGGCACCUACCCGCAAUACGCCCAACCACCUCAAGGUGGAAUCGCACGCGCGCAACAGCUGGUGCAGCAGCAGUACGGCUCGGCAGCCAAUGCGUCGCUGAACGCCAUGCAGCGCGGCGGUGGCGGCGGUCUUGCGUUGCCUGGUCAGCAACAACAGCAUCACCAGCAGCAACGACCGCAAGGACUGCAACUACCCGGACAGCAGAAUCAGCAGUACUCCAUGCAACAACAACAGCAGGCAGCGAUGCAACGUCAGCAACAGCAACAGAUGCAUCAGCAACAACAGCGGCCACCUAUCAAGAUGGAGAACAACAGUCCACAGCUGGCGCAGGGAGCUUACCAGCAGCCGAAUUACAGCCAGACCGAUGGUGCCGACGAUGCUCUCUCGGAGUGGCAGGAGCUUCUAGCUCAGCGUCGGGCGGUCAGUGUCGAACGAAGGCAGCAGGCGGAUCGCAUGAUUCGAGAUCAAGUCAUGCAGCACUCGGCAGAUCUUCAAAGUGGUUUGAUGAUGCCACUGGAUGAGCUACCAUCGACCAAACGCCAGAAGCACGGCAAGGUCGCUCCGUCCUUGUCAAAGCCUACGCCUUCGAGCAGCCGGAUCCCGCAAUUUGAUGGCGUGGCCGACGACGAAGACGAAGAAAAGCCGGACAUCAAGGACGAAGAUGACGAGAACGCUAUCAAUUCCGACCUCGAUGAUUCGGAUGACGACGGUGGGAACGGCUUGGGUGAUGAAGAUGAGGAGGGUGGAGACACGAUUCUCUGCACUUACGACAAGGUGCAGAGGGUCAAGAACAAGUGGAAGUGCACUCUCAAGGACGGCAUUAUGAGUGUCGGCGGGAAGGAGUGGGUCUUCCACAAGGGAACGGGCGAGUUUGAGUGGUGA